AUGUCUUUUUGUCUAAAAUCCACAUUAUUAAUAAUACCUUGUUUGUCACCUGAACUUAGAAUCUUAUCAUUAAACGAUAUUGAUGAUAUUCUAUUUCCGUGGACUUUUUUAGAGCUUAUAAUUCGGUUUUUAUCGAAAUCAAAAAUUCUUAAUUUGCCCAAUGAGUCGCCUAUUGCUAACAUGUUGGCUUUUCCUUUAAUACUUGAAAUGUAUGAAUUUUUGGAACUAAAAAUUGAAAUUACAUCUUUCGUAUCUGUAUUGUAG